GGGGGCGUCGCCCCCGCCCCCACCCCGCGCUCCAGGUAGCGGCGGCCGCAGCUGCCGGCGUUGGCUGGCUGCGCUCCCCAGCGGCCCGCGGGCCGGGGCAGGGGCGGGCCGGGGGCGUUCCCGCGGGCCGCCGCCCGUGAUGUCACAAUCGCGGCGGGCCGCGGCGCUCCGGGGUCGGCGGUGGGCGGCGGGCCGCGAGCGGGCGAUCGAAGCGGGCAGCUCGCGCCUGAGUCAUGGACUUCCCCUGGCCCCUCCUCUACCCCUCCCACUCCCUCGCCGGGCCCCCCCGCCGGGGCUAGCGUCGGCCGCGGCUCCGAGGGGGUGGGGCUGCUGGGAAUGGCUGUGCCCCCUUCGGCCCCUCCGCCGCGCGCGUCCUUUCACCUGAGGAGGCACACGCCUUGCCCGCAGUGCUCAUGGGGCAUGGAGGAGAAGGCGGCGGCCAGCGCCGGCGGCCGGGAGCCGCCGGGCCCCCCGAGGGCCGCCGCCGUCGCGUACUUCGGCAUUUCCGUGGACCCGGACGACAUCCUUCCCGGGGCCCUGCGCCUCAUCCAGGAGCUGCGGCCGCAUUGGAAGCCCGAGCAAGUUCGGACCAAGCGCUUCACGGAUGGCAUCACCAACAAGCUGGUGGCCUGCUACGUGGAGGAGGACAUGCAGGACUGUGUGCUGGUCCGGGUCUAUGGGGAGCGGACGGAGCUGCUGGUGGACCGGGAGAAUGAAGUCAGAAACUUCCAGCUGCUGCGAGCACAUGGCUGUGCCCCCAAACUCUACUGCACCUUCCAGAACGGGCUGUGCUAUGAGUACAUGCAGGGUGUGGCUCUGGGGCCUGAGCACAUCCGUGAGCCCCGGCUUUUCAGGUUAAUCGCCUUAGAAAUGGCAAAGAUUCAUACUAUCCACGCCAACGGCAGCCUGCCCAAGCCCACUCUCUGGCACAAGAUGCACAAUUAUUUCACGCUUGUGAAGAACGAGAUCAACCCCAGCCUUUCUGCAGAGGUCCCUAAGGUGGAGGUGUUGGAACGGGAGCUGGCCUGGCUGAAGGAGCAUCUGUCCCAGCUGGAGUCCCCUGUGGUGUUUUGUCACAAUGACCUGCUCUGCAAGAACAUCAUCUAUGACAGCACCAAAGGUCACGUGCGGUUCAUUGACUAUGAAUAUGCUGGCUACAACUACCAAGCUUUUGACAUCGGCAACCAUUUCAAUGAGUUUGCAGGCGUGAAUGAGGUGGAUUACUGCCUGUACCCGGCGCGGGAGACCCAGCUGCAGUGGCUGCACUACUACCUGCAGGCACAAAGGGGAAUGGCUGUGACCCCCAGGGAGGUGGAAAGGCUCUACGUGCAAGUCAACAAGUUUGCCCUGGCGUCUCACUUCUUCUGGGCUCUCUGGGCCCUCAUCCAGAACCAGUACUCCACCAUCGACUUUGAUUUCCUCAGGUACGCAGUGAUCCGAUUCAACCAGUACUUCAAGGUGAAGCCUCAGGUGUCAGCCUUGGAGAUGCCAAAGUGACCAGCCACCCCAUCGCUCCCCACCCAUCUUUCUGGCCAAACCUGUUCCCCAGAGCUCAAUUCUGCGCUCUGGGGUCCACAUCCAUGGACAAGGUGGGAGAGGGGACAGGUGGGUGUCCAGGGAGAAGGCUCUGUCCCUGCUGCCAGCCCCCCGUGGUGGCCACUGAAGACCUCAUUCUCCUGUCCGGAGGGGCUGACAGGACCCACUUCUGGGAGUCCCCUCCCACCAGGCUUGGGAGGAAGUGCCUGCAGCCAGGGCCUGGGCCAUAACCACCCCUGGGAAACAUCAUUCCCAGACUCAGGCCCUGCUGGAAUUGGGGCUGCCUUACAUGUGUCUUUACCCCUUCCUGGCCUGGGGAAGGAGGCGGGGAGGGCUCCUUUCUACCUCCAGUGCCCUGAGCCUCCAAACCGUCUCCCCCGGCAUGCCCCAUGUGGGAGGUGCUGAGCUCCAAACCAGCAUCACGCCAACCCUGACACAUGGAUGUACAUAUCUUGGUGAUGGGUGGGGGCCAAGAAUUGAGCAUGACAGCUCCCCCAGCAGCCACCUCAUCUGAGACCCUUCACCUUCUCCAAACCGGAUCCAAUCAAACGACCUCUUCCCAAACCUCAGCCCCAGGAAACAGGCUCCCCAACGUGCUCUCCUGUGCUUGUUCUGUUCCCCUGCUGGGGGGACAGGAGAGGGAGUGGUAAGGCCCUGGGCCUCUAGAGCCUGGCUCUGCUUCAUGCUAUGGCUUGGCCGGAGGGGACAUGGCCAAGGAUGAGGUGGCCAAAACCAGAACCAGCAGUCUCCUGCCUUGUUCCCUCCCUGGCCUCAAGGCCUCCUUCCAGGGAUGCCUCUCCAGCUCUACCUUAUGUCCUGAAGCUGACCUGAGGUCUUCCUAUCUGGGAAUGACUAGUGGGAGCCAAGAGGAUGGGGUGGGGGCCAGGGUCCCCCAGGACCCAGCGUGGGAGGCUGGGCAGGAUCCCAUCAGAAAGGUGCUGACUGGGCUGGUCGCCCGGACGCUGAACAGCCUCCACCUCCUUUCGGCCCUCACAGCUCCUUGGGCCCUUCUGGCUCUGGCCCAGAAAGUGAUUCAUUUGUAAAUUAUCAUGAUUUCUGCAUUAAAAUGCUCAUUUCCGGA